AUGGGGACCACCAGCUCCUUUCUUCAGCGAUCCGCUCGCCACCCCUCCGGGCAUCCGUGCCCUCGCCACUCGCCACUCCUCCGGGCAGCUCGCUGCGCCCUCUCGUCGUUCCGCCUGCCCUCCGGGGCCUCUUACGCGGUGAUCCGCUCACUGCUUCCUCCCCAACCCGGCCCCCCGCCCGGCCGCAUCAUGCUCACUCCAUCCCUUCUCCUCGGGCCGGCCCGCCCUCCCUCGAUGAAUCCGCUCGCCAUCACUCCUCCUUGGGCUCGGGCCCCGGUGCCGGCCCCCGUUUGGGUGCAAUCACUUCCCUUUGGGCCGAUCCUCACGCUCAGCCUCCCGAGCCUCCGGCUCUCCACUUCACUCUCCUUCCUGGCUUGA